AGGAGCAAUAGUGACAAAUGUCUAACAAAGUGAAGCCUCACAUCAACAUCGUUGUCAUCGGACAUGUCGACUCAGGAAAAUCAACAAGUACUGGCCACAUGAUUUACAAAUGUGGUGGUAUCGACAAACGACAAAUCGAAAAAUUCGAGAAAGAAGCCCAGGAAAUGGGAAAAGGAUCAUUCAAAUAUGCCUGGGUUUUAGAUAAACUUAAGGCAGAACGUGAAAGAGGUAUCACCAUCGAUAUUGCACUAUGGAAGUUUGAAACUACUAAAUACGUAGUUACUAUUAUUGAUGCUCCUGGACAUCGUGACUUCAUUAAAAACAUGAUCACAGGUACCUCUCAGGCUGAUUGUGCCGUACUCAUCGUUGCAAGCAGUACUGGAGAGUUUGAAGCUGGUAUUUCUAAAAAUGGUCAAACCAGAGAACAUGCUCUUUUGGCUUUUACUCUAGGUGUUAAACAAAUGAUUGUUGCUGUUAAUAAAAUUGACAACACUGAACCACCAUACAGCGAAGCUCGAUUUAAUGAAAUCAAAAAAGAAAUUAGUGCCUACGUUAAAAAAGUUGGUUAUGAUCCUAAGACUGUUCCAGUGCUUCCAGUCUCAGGAUGGCACGGAGAUAAUAUGAUUGAACCAUCCCCAAAUAUGUCCUGGUACAAAGGGUGGGAAGUAGAAUACAAAGAUACUGGUAAACACACUGGUAAAACUCUCCUUGAAGCUCUUGAUAACAUUCCACUCCCAGCUAGACCAAGUUCUAAACCACUUCGCCUUCCUCUUCAAGAUGUCUACAAAAUUGGUGGUAUUGGAACAGUACCCGUUGGUCGUGUUGAGACUGGUAUUUUAAAACCUGGAAUGGUUGUCACAUUUUGCCCUGCAAACCUUUCUACUGAAGUAAAAUCAGUUGAGAUGCACCACGAAUCUCUUCCAGAGGCUCUUCCAGGAGACAAUGUCGGUUUCAAUGUUAAAAACGUCUCAAUUAAAGACAUCAGACGUGGUAUGGUUGCUUCUGACAGCAAAAAUGACCCUGCUAUUGAAGCUGCUUCAUUCAAAGCCCAGGUUAUCAUUCUUAAUCAUCCUGGUGAGAUUCACGCUGGAUAUCAACCAGUUUUGGAUUGUCACACUGCUCACAUUGCUUGCAAGUUUGCCGAGUUAUUAGAAAAAAUUGAUCGUCGAUCAGGUAAAGUUAUUGAGACUGAACCUAAAAUGGUCAAAUCUGGAGAUGCUGCUAUUAUCAACUUGAUUCCUUCAAAACCAAUGUGUGUCGAGUCAUUUGCUCAAUAUCCACCAUUAGGACGAUUUGCAGUUCGUGACAUGAGACAAACUGUUGCUGUUGGUGUUAUCAAGGAGGUUGAUAAAACCGCUGCUGUUGCAGGAAAAGUUACUAAAUCAGCUCAAAAAGCAGGUGUUGCUGCUGGAAAGAAAAAGUGACCACCUUCUAAUUAUCCAUAUUAUUUUUAUAAUGUGUUUUCAAAAACUUCUACUUUCCAUAGGAAAACUAUCCAAACGAUAUCAAAUUUAUGGAAUAAAUAUUUUCUAAAAUCUGUAAUUUAGUCUUGUGGCUGGUCAAUAGAUAAUAUC